CCUCUUGGGCAAUCCAAAAGUUUCAAACCACCCACCUGUUGCUAGUCACACCCUGGAACAAUGAGUAUCACAUACGACGUCUUCCGCGGGUCGCCCGAGGGUCGCAUCGUAGCGGACAAGACGACGCGUACCCUUGAGGACCACGAGGUCUUCAUCGAGACCACCCAUUCCGGGAUCUGCGGCUCAGACGAGCACUACUUCAAGGCGGGCAACGUAUUGGGGCACGAAGGCAUUGGCAUCAUUAAAGCCCUGGGACCAGGGGUCAAGUCGGUCAAGGUCGGAGAUCGCGUGGGGUUCGGCUACACGCACAGUAUCUGCACGACCUGCGAGGAAUGCACGACCGGCUACGAGCAGUAUUGCGCGAAUCAGAAGAUGUACGGCUUCCACGACCGCGACAACGGCUCUUUCAGUUAUGGCGCGGUGUGGGAUGUGAAUUGCGUGUUCCUCAUCCCUGACGGAAUCGACUCCGUCCAUGCAGCUCCGCUGAUGUGUGCGGGUGCCAGUGUCUGGGAGAUCUUCAUGCAGUACGGCGUGCGGCCGACAGAUCGAGUGGGGAUUAUGGGGAUUGGUGGCCUCGGCCAUAUUGCCAUCAAGCUUGCCGCUGCGAUGGGCUGCAGUGUCGUGGUGCUGUCCAGCUCCGAGGACAAACGGCAGGAAGCUAUGGACUAUGGAGCGUCGGAGUUUCAUGUGUACAGAUCGGGAGGUCCUCCGCCGGAGGGUUUUAAACAGGUGAAGCAUCUGUUGCUCUGUGGUAGUGGUGAUGUCGAAUUUGCUGCCUUGAUGCCCUUAAUGACCCCUCGUGGCAGCAUCUACCCCCUUACAGUCACAAUCAAGCCUGCAACGCUUCCCCUAGUUCCCUUGUUCCUUCGCGGAAUCCGAGUUCAAGGAUCCUUGCUAGCGUCUCGCCAGAAUAUCCGGUCUGUUCUGCAGUUCGCAGCGAGGAAGAACAUCACUCCCACGACAAUGACGUUUCCCAUGACGGUAGAGGGUAUCGAAGACGCUAUGCAGACUCUGAGGGACGGAAAAAUGAGAUAUCGUGGAGUGCUGGUACGUGACAUGCAAUAGGUUACGGCUAUAUUCGACAAUGAUUGUACAUACAUCUCAAGAUAGAAGCUUGAUUCAAUGCAGUACGCGCUACUAGAAACGCCCCAUUGGGUAA